GUUGUUGUUGUUGUGGUUGUGUGGUUGCAGGAGCGAAAGAGAGAGUGAGUGAAAUUGACAGAGGGAGCACCCCCACCUUGCCCCGCAAUUAGCAAUGGGCACAAAAGAGUCUAAACACGCCUGCAUAAGUUACGAGGAUGCAGUCAAACGUGUUAGCGACGUCGAGCUAAGACGUCUUAAGGAUGCUUUCAAGAAAUGUGCCGGCGUUGGCCGGCUCUACCUCAGUCGCAAUGCAUUCCAACAAGAUGUACUCUGUGAGGGAGUUCCGCCAAAGAUUACGGAUAUGCUAUAUGCCGCUUGCGGUGGCACUCAGCGUGGCAUAACCUUUAAGGAUCUGCUCUGUGGCCUGGUGUUAAUCACACGCGGCAGUCAGGAUGAGAAAACCAAAUUUCUUUGGAAUCUUUACUGUAAUGAUGCUGGCACGUAUAUAGUCAAGUCCGAUUAUGUACGGAAUGUAAAUUUGGCACCCUUUGAAAGUGUAUCCCUGUUUGCUCAAGGCGAACGGGUUAAUUUCGAGCAAUUCCAGGAUUGGAUAGUCAAACAUCGAAAUGCGACAGUUCUAUCCAAAUGGCUGCUAGCCGAUAAUUGUGUGAGCCUCACAUCUGAACUAGAGACACCAACGUUCUAUCAGAGUCUGGCCGGUGUUACGCAUCUCGAGGAAAAGGACAUUGGUGAUUUGGAAAAAGAGUUUUGGCGCUUGAAGAACACCUCACAGAAUGGUCAAAUUGACUUGCAAUUUCUUGGACCGUUAAUUAGUCCACCCAUACCAAAGAAUGCUCUGGCCGGUCUGUUUAAUGCCUUCGAUGAGAAUCGCGAUGGACACAUUGAUUUCAAGGAGCUCUGCUGCGGAGUAAGUGCCGCAUGCCGUGGACCAGGAGUAGAACGUACCCGCUUCUGCUUCAAAAUAUUCGAUGUGGAUCGGGAUGGUGUCUUGAGUCACGAGGAGACAUUGCAAAUGAUUAAUGUCCUGUUGAAUGUAGCCAAAGAGAAUCGCGAUUGCCAGCAAUUUAAGGACUUGACCAAAGAUCAGGUUGUUGGCGAUCUGCUGGAGUUUGUCCAGCGAAAGAGUCCUGAUGGCGUCCCCUGUACACUGACCCGGGACAAUGUACUCCUCACGGCCGAGGACUUUAUGCUGUGGAAUGUGCAAUGUGGCCUGCGCCUGAUGCAGCCACUGCUGGAUCUAAUCUUCGAGUUAUGCCAUAUUGUUUUUGGCCUUUGGCCGCAGUGUCGUCACAUGGAGAACGACAUUGUCCGGGGUUGGCUGCGGCGUGAGGAGCGACGUCCGUAUCGAGUCGGCCAAUUUUGGUAUUUGAUUAGCCGUGAUUGGUAUCUAAACUGGAUGCAGUACACCCAGCACAUGUCGCACACCUGUGACUAUUGCAAGCGUACCGUCAGCCAACGCAGUACCGUCGAUGAGGCACUUGUCUGUGAUGAGAGUUUCAAUACCCAUAGUCUGGAGCAGCAUGAUAGCUACUCACUUGGCUCGGGCUCUGGAUCCGGUUCUGGCUCUGCGAGCAGCGGCAUCUCAGCCGGACGACAUUGUGCGCGUCCUGGGCCAAUUGAUAAUGGUAAUCUGAUAACGACCAAUCCGUAUCGUAAUGUGCGCACUCUGACCGGCGAAGGUGGACAUCUAAAACGGGAUACGCCCCUAGUGCAAAGUCAUGACUUUGAGCUGGUGCCCAAAUCCUUGUGGAAAGCUUUGAAUCGUUGGUAUGGCGAUAAUCUGCCACUGCCGCGUCAGGUCAUACAACCAGUCAAUUCUGAGGUGGAACUGGAGCUGUAUCCACUCAAUUUGCGGAUAUUGUUGCACCAAGCACAGCCAGGACAGUCUGGAGGAGCUGGUUCCGGCGGCAGCGGCACUCAACUUAGCAGUUGGGGCUCUACCGUAAGCGGAGGCUAUGGUGUCCUGGCAUCGGGUGGAGGAUAUGCCGCCAUUGCUGCGAGCAGCGUGCUGCAACCGCCUAAACGAUAUUUGGCCUAUACGGCUGCCUUCAGCCGUCUGGCAACCGUGCGCCAGGUGGCCGACUUUCUAUGCGAACAUUUGCGUCUGAAGGCAGAGGACAUUAGGCUGUGGCAUGUCCCGCCGCUAGAGAAUCUUCCUAUUCUUCUAGAGGAGGAUACCAUGAGCCUUAAGGAGUUGGUCAUUCGGGACAAUGACCAGUUGCUGCUUGAGAUUCGUAACAAGGAUCUAACGUGGCCCGAAGAGCUGGGCUCUUUGGCCACAGCACAGAGCGGACAAGGCGUGGCCGGGGGACCAGCUGAUCGUCGGCGUCUGACACGCAGUUCCAUUAUGUCGGUGCAUGCUGCGGGAGCCACGGGAUUGCAUAAUCUGGGCAACACAUGCUUUAUGAAUGCCGCUCUGCAGGUUCUCUUUAAUACCCAACCUCUGGCCCAGUACUUCCAGCGCCAGAUGCAUCGAUUCGAACUGAAUCAGACCAAUAAACUUGGAACGCGCGGCCAAUUGGCCAUGCGCUAUUCCGAGCUGCUCAAGGAGGUGUGGACAGCGACUACGCGCUCGGUGGCACCGCUCAAGCUGCGUUUUUGUGUGAACAAACAUGCCCCUCAAUUCGCUGGCGGGGGCCAGCAUGAUUCGCAAGAGCUGCUCGAAUGGCUACUGGAUGCCCUCCAUGAGGAUCUUAAUCGCGUGACAGAGAAACCGUACAGCGAGCUCAAAGACUCAAAUGGCAGGCCAGAUAAAAUUGUGGCCGCUGAGGCCUGGUCCCAACAUCAUGCACGCAAUCAGUCAAUUAUUAUUGACCUAUUCUAUGGCCAAUUGAAGUCCAAAGUAAGCUGUCUGGGCUGUGGCCACGAAUCCGUGCGAUUCGAUCCAUUUAGUUUGCUCAGUCUGCCGUUGCCAGUGGAGAACUAUGUCUAUUUGGAAGUGCUGGUUAUUCUACUGGACGGCAGUGUGCCCAUCAAAUAUGGACUGCGUCUCAAUUCGGAAUGCAAGUAUAUUGAUCUGAAGCAAAAGCUGGCCACUCUUUGUGCCUUGCAGCCGAGUUUGAUGCUAGUGUGCGAGCUCUGGAAUUCACAAAUUCGUCAAGUGCUGAACGAUGAGGAGAAGUUGCGGACGCAAAGUGCCAAAGAUCUGUAUGUCUAUCAAUUGCCCGAGCAGAGCAGUGCCAGAACACGUUCGAAUUCGGCUCUGAGCAUGCACAUUGAGCAAGGGCUCAAGGAUAUUCAACGAAGUUCUGCUCUUAUCACUGGCCAGGAUUCGCUCUCAUCGCUGAGUACUCUGCAGACUUCAAAUAGUCAGCGUAACUCGUCGCGCAUCCUGUGCAAUGGCCAUCUACAUCAUAGCCAGGAUAAUAAUGAAGUCGUCGAUGCCGAGAUUGAGGUGGCUCGCUACAUUAACAACAACAACAAUAACAGCAAUAACAAUAACAAUCACUCGAACAGCGGCCAAAUGCACGAACUGCUACCAGAUGAUGCCGGAAAGGUAAGCCGGUGCUUUGGAAAAAGAGAGUGCAUGCCCCACAGCCUUUUUUGCUUCAAGGAGUCGCUUAUACUGAGCUGCAGUCCGGAAAACAAUUUCAUGCAUGGCCCUGCUGCCCAACAGAAGCGAGUCUCAUCAGCCAAGCUGCUCCAUACGGAGAGCAAUACAAGUUCCACAUCGUAUACGAAUCAUUCAGGUGAAAAUUCAAUGGAGAGCUCCCUGACCGAACCCAUGCCGAUUGUUGACUUGGCUCCCAUCAAUAGUAAUAGCAGUAGACAUGGCAGUGGCAGUGGCAGUGGCGAUGAUUGCUCCUCAUUUCGAACCACUCCCAACGAUUCGAGUGGCUUGAGCACCGCACAUACUCUUGAAAAUGAGGAUGUCGAUGAGCAGGCUGUGGGGGAGGAGAUUGACGAUGAAGAUGAACCAGACCCGCAGAUAACCACAUCGCAACCGGAAACCAGUAGCAGCGGUGUCUAUUCGCGUCGCUCCUCGCAACCCCACAAAGUGGGCAAAUAUUUAGUGGCUGUGCAUCGUAAGAUCACACGUCACGACAGUUACUUCCUAUCCUAUCACAAGACGCGUCCGAGCCUGUUUGGAGUGCCAUUGCUUAUACCCAAUAGCGAGGGUGGAACACAUAAGGAUUUGUACUGUGCCGUUUGGCUUCAGGUUAGCCGACUCUUGAGCCCCUUGCCAGCAACUACAGAUCAGGCGAAUCAUGCGGCCGACUGUGAUGACAGCCUUGGCUAUGAUUUUCCCUUCACGUUACGGGCUGUGCGUGCCGAUGGUCUGACGUGCGCCAUUUGCCCGUGGUCAAGUUUUUGUCGUGGCUGUGAGAUUCGUUGCAACAAUGACUAUGUGCUACAGGGAGCAUUGCCGCCCAUUAUUACCAUGGCCAGCAACACACCCACACCCACACCAAAAAUGAAUGCGAAAUUCCCAUCGUUACCUAAUUUGGAGGCAAAACGACCGCCAGAGUAUACAGCAUCGCUAUCGUAUACAGCCACCACAAAAUAUUUCGAAGACUUUACCAUUGCCAUAGAUUGGGAUCCAACAGCAUUGCAUUUACGCUACCAAAGUACUCUGGAGCGGCUUUGGGUGGAUCACGAAACAAUUGCCAUAUGCAGGCGAGAGCAAGUGGAACCCGUCGAUUUGAAUCAUUGCCUGCGCGCCUUUACCUCCGAAGAGAAACUAGAACAGUGGUAUCACUGUAGUCACUGUAAGGGCAAGAAACCUGCCACCAAGAAGCUGCAGAUAUGGAAGCUGCCACCGAUCCUUAUUGUUCAUUUAAAACGAUUCAAUUGCGUGAAUGGCAAGUGGGUCAAGUCGCAAAAGGUUGUACAUUUUCCUUUCGAUGAUUUCGAUCCGGCACCUUACUUAGCCUCAGUGCCUCAAGAGACAAUAUUGAGACAUAAGGAGCUGUUGGAAUUAAAAGCAGAUGCUACGACCACAACUACUGUUAGCGAACUGGACGAGAUAGAAGCGUUGGGCGGCACUAGCAGCAAGUCCCAACAUGAAAAGAAUGAUGAUGGUGAUCAAAUGAAUAAUAUUCAGACAGAGGUGGAGCGUUCGGUUGUCACUGGGAAUGUCCUGCGCCAAAGUAAAUCGAUCAAUGCAGCCAGACGACAACGCCUGAUCUCGACCAGCCUCACCAAAACGCCCAUUGUGGAUGGGGAGUUUGAAGAUUAUCAUCAGCAUAGACUGAAGCCAGAUGUGGAUGAAUUUGAUCCCAAGUACAAACUCUAUGCUGUCGUGUCGCAUUCUGGAAUGCUCAAUGGUGGUCACUACAUUUCCUAUGCAUCAAAUGCAAAUGGUUCCUGGUAUUGCUAUAACGACAGCUCAUGCCGUGAGAUAUCCCAACAGCCUAACAUUGAUCCAAGUGCCGCCUAUCUGCUCUUCUAUGAGCGCAAAGGUCUCGAUUAUGAGCCCUACUUGCCGAACAUUGAGGGUCGGCCGCUGCCGAAUGCAGCCAGUCUGCAGAUGGAUUUGGACGAGACUGAGGAAGGGCUAAAGAAAAUGUGUGCAAUUUCCUAAGAAACCGCAGCAGAAGCAGCAGCAGGAGCAACUGGCGGCUAUGACAGUUGUGGGAUUUCCUUUUAAAUGCCUAUAAUUGAUUCUUUAUUUGUCUAUUAUUGCUUAUAUUUCAAUUUACAUUGCUGUUUCCCUUUUAUUUUA